AUGAGCAACUUUCAGGCCGUCGUUUCGCUCGUUUUUACCACGUCCCUCACUCUCGUUGGGGCAUCUAUCCAAGGCCGGGACCUAACGCCCCCGGCUACAAUUCCAGGAGGAUGGGUUUACCAAGGCUGCUCCCGGGAAAUUCCCGGACGAGCUCUCAAUGGCGCAAACACCGCAGACCCUCAGAUGACGAACGAGGCAUGCGCUGCCUACUGUGAGUCCCAGGGCUUCGCUUACGCCGGAACCCAAUGGUACACCGAAUGCUAUUGUGGCAACUCCCUGCCCUCCACUUCCACGGAAGCCCCCGCAACGGAUUGCAACACCCCAUGCGGCGGUGACGCUUCCCAGCCAUGUGGUGGAGGCGAUAGAUUAACCGUCUUUCACAAUCCCACAAUCCAGAGCCCCGAGACGAACCCGGGGGUAAACGGUUUUGAGUCGAUUGGAUGCUAUUCAGAGGGAACUACCGGCCGAGCGCUCACUCACGGCGUCGGCUCUAUUCCGUACAAUUCUAUGACUGUUGCUUUAUGCACGCAGGCAUGUCAGACCGCAGGCUUUACCUUGGCAGGUCUUGAGUAUGGCGGCGAAUGCUUCUGCGGAAAUAGUAUCCAGAACGGUGGAGCACCUGCGGCCGAUGGCUGCAAUAUGGUGUGUACAGGACUUCCGCUCGAAUUCUGUGGCGGACCCAAUCGAUUGAACGUGUAUAGCUCAAACGGUCCGCUCCCGACGGGCACAGUCUCUGUCGAGGCGUCGUCAGCCACCACUUCAGAUAUGCCGGUCGCUACACCUAGCCACCUCCCUGCGGUGGGGGACUUCUCCUUUUAUCAAUGCAUGACCGAAGGGACCGGAGUGCGUGCCCUGACCGGUGCUUUCCUAGGAGGGAGUUCCAUGACCGUGGAGACUUGCGCAACCUUCUGUUCCAGCUAUGAUUUUUUCGGUCUCGAGUACGCCCAAGAGUGCUUCUGUGGGAACUCGUUCAGCACUGGCUCUGUAGCAGCCCCCAUCACUGACUGCAACAUGCUGUGCCUCGGUGACUCUUCGCAAUACUGCGGAGCUGGCAAUCGCCUGUCAGUCUACGCACGCAAUGGCACUUCCAUUCCCUCGGGAACUCAAACUACUCUGUCCUCGACGACUACCUCUUCUGUUCCUGUACCGACCGGGUUCCCAGAAGGCUGGGAGGAUCGAGGAUGCUGGGUGGACGGUGCCAAUGGCCGUAUCCUUCAAUACCAGGCCCCCGAUGAUCCGAACAUGACACUUCAGUCCUGCGUCGCUACUUGCGUUGGUCUCGGUUACGCCGUUGCCGGAGCUGAGUACCACAGGCAGUGCUUCUGUGGCAAUUAUAUUGGCAACGGUGGCGUUCUUGCUACCGACCAAGCCACCUGCAACACACCCUGUGAUGGAGAUUCCAGUCAAAUGUGUGGCGGACCUAUGAGGAUGACGAUCUACUCGAAUGCCGAUCUGGAGUCACUUGGCCCUCCUGCACCCCAGACGACGGGCUUGAACGGCACCUGGGAAUACGUCGGGUGCGCCGUCGACAACCUGAAUAACCAGAGGACGUUCCCCUGGCAGCUCUACUUCCCCGGUACGCUCGACGCCAAUCAGUGCUUGGACAAGUGCGCCGAGUUCGGGUACAUGGCCGGCGGCCUCGAGUACGGCGAGGAAUGCUAUUGCGGCGAUCCUCGAGAUUUCUAUGACAGUGGCUCAUCUUUUGUUGAUGACAGCGAGUGCAACAUCGUCUGCGCUGGCAAUCCUAAGCAUAUCUGCGGUGGCGGUUCUCGCAUCACAACCUACUUCUGGAGCGGCGACCCGCUCUACGAAUUCAGCUACCCGCAGACCCCCGACGAAGCUGGAACCUAUGAGUUCCUCAUCGGAGGUGUCGUUAUUCCUCUCCUGACUAUGCAGUCCAUCACUGGCAAGGUCACGUUCCUAGAGAAAGCUGGAACCGGCCCGCCGAACUCCACGGGUGCUUACGAGCUCGAUUUAGCGGCCAUUGAUAACUUUGCGCUUGCGUGGAAGGAAAUGCACGUCAGGACGGAUAUCUUCUGCUCCGCCGGUGUUAUCCUACCAGACGUUGCUGGUCGCCAGCUCAAUGUUGGCGGAUGGUCGGGCGAGUCUACCGAGGGCGUCCGACUCUACAUUCCCGACGGCUCGCCUCGUGUCCAGGGCCCGAAUGACUGGGAAGAGGACGUCGAUGUGCUGAAGCUUCAAGAUGGACGAUGGUACCCGACAGCCAUGACCAUGGCGAACGGUUCUAUCCUCAUCGUUGGUGGUGAGGAAGGUUCGAACGGCGCGGCUGUCCCGACGCUUGAGAUCUUGCCAUAUACUGGCACCCCUCCCCUCUACAUGGACUGGCUCGAGCGAACCGACCCGAACAAUCUUUACCCGUUCCUCUUCGUACUUCCUAGCGGAGGCAUCUUCGUUUCUUACUGGAACGAGGCGCGGAUCCUCGACGAGAAUACGUUCGCAACUAUUCGAACACUCCCCGACAUCCCCGCCGCCAUCAACGACAGGUACGGCGGCCGCACCUACCCCCUUGAAGGUACCGCGGUCCUCCUCCCCCAGCACGCCCCAUACACCGACAACCUCGGCGUCCUAAUCUGCGGCGGCUCCACGGAGGGUGUUUCCAACGCGCUGGACAACUGCGUCUCAAUCGAACCCGACGCCGCAGAGCCCGAAUGGAUCCUCGAGCGCAUGCCUUCCCCCCGCGUCAUGCCCUGCAUGGCCCCCUUGCCCGACGGCACAUACAUGAUCAUGAACGGCGCCAAGCACGGAGUCGCCGGCUUCGGUCUCGCCACGGACCCUAACCUCAACGCGCUCCUGUACGACCCCAAGAAGCCCGUUGGCAAGCGCAUCACGGUCAUGGCCAACACUACCGUCCCGCGCCUCUACCACUCCGAGUCCAUCACGCUCCUCGAUGGCCGCGUGCUCGUCUCGGGCUCGGACCCGCAGGAUGGCGUUCACAACCAGGAGUAUCGCGUCGAGGUCUUCGUGCCGCCCUACCUCCACAAGGGGCUUCCUCGCCCGACGUUCACCCUCGCGGAUAUUGACUGGGCGUACGGCGAGACCGUCACCUUCACGCUCGGGUCGGCAGCGCAGAAUGGCGCCAUCGAGGUCUCGCUUCUCGGAUCAGUUUCUAGCACGCACGGCAACUCGAUGGGUUCAAGGACCAUCUUCCCCCAGGUCUCGUGCAGCGGUACGAGCUGCACCGUCGUGGCGCCUCCUAACGCCUACGUCUGCCCUCCCGGUUGGUAUCAGUUCUUCGUCCUUGAUGGUGGCAUCCCCGCCGUGGGCGUCUAUGUGCGGAUCGGUGGUGACCCGGCCUUUUUGGGAGAGUGGCCCCAGGGUGAGCAGUUCACGAGGCCGGGAAUGGAGUUCCCUGCCUAG